CUAAAUCUCAUGUAAACUUCAUACGUAAUUCUAACCUGUUUCUGUAAACAAUUAUGCGUGUUUAUUCUUGAUAGUUGCAAUGUUCUAGUUGAGUUCAAGCAUGCUUUAGUCUUGCCCAGUUAUUUUACAUUAGCCCAAGAGAUCAUACACCAUGUCGGUAUUACGACUGAGAGGGAUCAGCCCAUACGCAAUUAUGGCAACAGGUGGUUACGAUCACACAAUCAGAAUGUGGGGACUUGAGUCUGGCUUGUGUACCAGGAUCUUCAGGCACGAAGAUUGUCAAGUGAAUUGUUUGGCAAUAUCUCCGAACAGGAGGCUGAUAAUCUCUGGAGGUUUUGAGUGCAUCCGCAUAUAUGAUGUGAACCAGUCCCUUGACAGUGCCCUCCUAACCAAUAACAAUGUUGAGAAGAAUGUUCUUGCGGUUGGGAUCGAAGAGGAGGGCAAGUGGAUGUACACUGCUGGGGAAGACAACACAGUUCGCCUCUAUGAUCUCAGGGCUCUGAACAUGAAGUGCCAAAAAGUAUUUCAGACUGAUGCUACAGUGAACUGUGCAUGCCUCCAUCCCAGUCAGAAGAUGAUGGCAGUGGGAGAUCAGAAAGGCAUCAUCCACCUGUGGGAUCUCAAGUCUGAUCAUAGCAAGCAACUGGUACCAGAACCUGGAGCGUCUAUUCAAUCUAUCGCUAUGGACCCCAAUGGCAAGUACAUGGCCGCUGUCACCAACAGGGGGCGAUGCUUCAUCUGGGAACUGCCUGCCAUGUUCGUCGAGGAGCUCACAUUGAUCCAACACAGGGCGAUGAUCGAAGCUCAUCAGAGAUACGCUUUGCGCUGCAAAUUUAGCCCUGACUCCAAGUUACUGAUCACAUCAUCGGCUGACCAGACUGCCCGCCUUUGGAAGAUGGGAGAGUACGAAAUUUUCCGGGAGCUGAAACGUGAAAAUCAGAAGUGGGUCUGGGAUGUGGGCUUCACUGCUGACUCAAAAUAUGUCGUCACAGUGUCUUCCGACUGUUUGGCACGGCUGUGGAAGGUGGAGAAUGGAGUGAUCAUGAGGGAGUAUGGUGGACAUGAGAAGGCAAUCACUGCUGUGGCGGUCUCCGACUCUUUGACUGUUCCUCCCGGAACUCCUUCCACCUCCUUUUUUACCCUUUCAGACAUAGAGUCACCUUAAGUUAUUUAAGAUUUUUACUGCCAACUGAUUGGCCAGACGAUACAUCGCAAACUUUGUUUAUCAUAAUGACUGUUCAUUUUAUUACAUGAACUUGAAUUUUACUGUCGAACAAUUAAAAUUUACGAUUAAAUUUAAGCACGUAUUAUUAUAAAAGUAUAAUUAUAUACAGUAAAAACGAGAUCAUUUUAAAUGUUAAUAUAUGUCUGGAACUAGUAAUUUACAUUUUUAUCAACAGCUAAUUUAUUAAUUUAAACCAGUGUAAUUGUUAUCUCAUUUUAAAAUUGUAGUAAUGUAUUGUUGUAGUUGUUAUGUUGAAUAAAUAGUUUGUGUGAGUA